GCAAAAUAUCCCGUUUCACGGUUUAUAUACAACGUAGCUGAAAGAAACCUGAACAAUACAUACAAGAUUGCGCACAGUCGUGUUGGGGAUUUUGAAACAGUUACAUGUAUAAACAACUAUUCGGAACGAUGUUUCUGAGGUUAGCAGUUUUAGCGUUAUGUGUGACAACUGCCCACGCCUACCCUAACUACAGAGACAACAUUCCAAACGGGUACAACGUUGCCAACCCUUGUGACAGCAGUAAGAAAUGGGACGGGGUCGGUCAUGAAAAUCCCGGGGGUGCGGGCACCAGAAAUCCGUUUGGAAAGGACUUCGAAGUUAACAAAAAGGUAUGGGACGCCGCAUUCUGCCGGAAGGACUCCGACGGAGACGGACGGACGAACGGAGAAGAAUUGGGAGACCCUAACUGCGUCUGGACGAAGGGGUCGGCCCCUCAGGUUACAACUGGGAUUACACAUCCAGGAGUGUGUGAACCGAUUGGAAGCAGUCAAUGCGUCGGAAAUAAUGCCUUUGUGAAUUGCCAAAACACAGGAGAAUUUGUGUGCCCCGCCAUCCAUAAUGCCGACACGGUGAAGUUCGAAUACAGGUUCCCGGAGACAGCCGUUCCUGACAAGGAGACCACGUACAUGUGUAUGAACAUUCAACUUCCCGUUGACAAGACGUAUCACAUGAUCGCAAGUAAACCAAUCAUCGACAAUAUUGACGUCAUUCAUCACGUGGUCGUUUACGGUUGUCCUGGUGUAGGAACCGCCCCAGGGCUGCUAGACAAACCGGCGGAAUGUGGCAAAAUGAAGGCCCAGUGCUCGGAAAUAAUUUCUCUGUGGGGUGCAGGCGGAACAGGGCAGUGUUUCAACGAAAACAUGGGUUUUUUGGUCGGGGCAGCGCGCGAUGGGUUAAAAUACGCUAUCAUCGAGCUUCACUGGAAUAAUCCAAUGUUAAUGCCCACAUACAACGACAGUUCAGGCUACAUAUUUUACAUGACCGAAAAUCUCCGCCCCCACAACGCCGGCGUGCUGACGAUUGGUCAGGGAUAUUUUCUAAUCCCGCCCUUUACCGAUGGUCACGUUGAGGUUGGCACAUUGCCAGCAACGUGUAGCAGACAGCUAAUGACUGGCGACAUACAUGUGGCUUCAGCUAACAACCACAUGCAUCUUAUAGGCAAGGCGCAGAUAACAGAGUUGAUCAGAAACGGAAGCAGGGUCCAAUAUUUGGCAAAGGACGAUGUCUACGACUAUAACUCUCCUAAGACUUUCAGUUUCGCGGAGCCAGUCGUAGUUCGUCCCGGCGACGAGUUAAAAACCACCUGCGUGUACGAUUCCCGACAACGUAACCUUACCACGUUUCAAGGAGAGGCGACGCAGGAAGAAAUGUGCUUUGCUUUCCUGACCUUCUACCCGAAAGAAAACAUGAAAAAAACAGUUGCUCCGUCGUGGAAGAGCCUCGAUGCCUGCGAUUGGUCCAUGGGUCCAGUGAGGAAAGGCUGCAACUUCACUCAGAUAAAUAAUCCAGCCGACCCUGAAACGGCGCAGAUACACGCGAUGAUAGCCGCGAAAUGCAGCCCCUUUGUGUGCCGACAUGAGUGUCUCGCCUACGUAAAAGAGCUCCAAAAGCAUCCGUGUUUCCAAGGCGAUGUGUACGAACUAUUCCAAUUUUCAGCGUUGCGAGUCCAGAGCAACAGUGAGUACCGUGCGAAGAUGAUCUACCUUUUCGCCCAGCUGGAUUCAUGCGACUGGGAGCUGUGGCAAGAGGGCAAAGGUCAUACUGGAGAUGCUGGCGGACCUAUUUCCGUUGGGACAUCACGACGCCUGUUGCUGUCGACCGUCAUAGCAUCGGCGCUCAUUACUCUUUUCUUUGCGAUAUACAUUUAGACGUGUUAGAGAUACGAAGUCGAAGCAAAGAAAGCUAUGCUGUUUGCGUAUAUUCUUUCAUUAAUAUUACUUAUAUAAAGGUGUAACACAUAUUGACACAUAUCCAUUUAAUUGUGUUAGCAAAUAAGCGUUACCAGGGCCCGUAUUCACAAAGCUUCUUAGGGAAAACUUACGGAAAUGUCUUAAAUUCAUAACAUUCUUAAAGUUUCUGGCGAUGUUAGUUUUAGUUAUUGCAUUAAUUAUGUUUUAAGUUAAUAUUGUUACAUCGAUUCAUAUUUAAUUUUUGUGUACACAGAAGAUAUCAGAUUUCGUUAAGAAGACUUGAUAAGAAAUGUACCAAUUUUAGUACCAAUUCUGUUUCAAUUUCCGUAAGGGGCUUUGUGGAUAUCUGUCCACAAGGAAACAGAGAUUUUUUGGGAUGCAACAGUCUUGGUAAUGGAUACGUUAAUUAAUAAGGUAUUCUCAACGACAGAAACGCUGCCAUAAACUUUGAGUUUGAGUUUAGAAUCUGCCAUAACAUUUCACUGAUUUAAUGGUUUGUUUAAAGAAUUGUUUUCAAACAUUUUGAAUUAACAUGUUUUGUAAAUGACAUUCUCUGUGAUUUCUGUUGUUGAAUACCUUUUAGUUUAAGUACACAUAUUAUCUUUAAGUAAAGAUGAGACGUGUUCUGUAUUUGAAUUUUAAGUUAAAUAAAAUAUAUUCCUAUA